AUGUCCGAACUCGUAGAAGAGAUCGAGCACCUCGAAGCUCUUCCCAGCGACCUGCACUGGUUCUGCCCACGCACAUCCCCCGACGACGUCUCCCUUUACUUCGACGAAGAUGUUCUCAGCACACUACCCAACGAAUCAUUGGAAGAGAGGGAGGCCAGGCACACAAAGAUCGAGGAGACUCAACAACUGAAGAAGAGGGUGCUACUCGCCUGCCAGAUCCUUGCCUAUGACGGCGACCGGGCAGUCCAGCUGACGGCUAUACUCAAAGACAUGCUCAAGGUUCAGCUCAAACGAUGUACCGUAUGUGUACGCGAAUACCACCGCGGACGUCACGACCUGAGGCACGAUCUUGAAGCAUUAUUCGACAUAGAGCAAGUCGUUACUUUCAUGCCAAUAUUCGACAAGAUGAACACGGAUCGGAUUUCUGCAGGGCUUGACAGUGCCACUAGCACCCUUCUCGACCUCACACCUCAGGAACGUUCUAUCAGCGUACUGCCCGAAGUCGAAAUGUACGCUCUCUUUGAGUCUAUGCACUGCACUGCCUUUUUGCAGAACGAAUUGCUCCUCCGCGAACACUUCGACAAGCCAUUCCGUCUUGUCCAGACCAGGAAGAAAAUCACCUUACCCGAAUACACCCCAGCCUUGACUUCUUUCCUCUUCAGUCAAAACACUGAUAGAUCUGCCUGGGCCCUCAGAGGCUGGAAGAAGUUCAAGCGUUCCAUCACUGGCAUCGAAUUUGAUUGGACGGUUCGCGAUACUUUGAACACUGCCAUGGCUCGUGUCCCUGCCGCAAACAUUGAUCGCGAUUUCUUGCCUAUCUUCUGGGAAGGCGUCAGAGUUAUCAUCGAAAAGCUCGACAAAGACCUCAUCACACACCACCUUCGAGCUUUGGAUGUUGACAUCUACAAGCUGGCUCUCGAUCAUUUCCAACUCCCCUUUGACGGUUACGGAAACAUAGUCGGUAGUUUCAAAGCCCUCCUGGAGAAGUCACCAGGCGACGUCUGGGAUGCCCUUGCAACUGUUCCUCCACAAGCUGUUGCAGAACAAAUUCUUGGUAGUCCUUCCAUCGAGCGGCCGAUGAUGACUACCGAGGAAGACCAACCGCUACAACUCGAGGCACUGCUAGAAUGGGCUGACCCCUUCGUGCGAUCCAUCAAACCUACCAACUUGGUUCCCGCUUGUCGUGCGCUGAUAGGUCAACUCAUGACUAGACUGCAAUCAGACGUCUAUUCACGGUAUGCAAGAACUGUCUGUUGGCACAAAGGUUUACAGGUCAUGAAUGCUACGAUGGAAAUCAUGAACCGGACCAGUGCCGGUAGCGCUGUUGUGACGGACCUGCUUGAAUUUAUCCGCGAGCCCGUCUUGACCACAUUAGAAAAUCUUUGUGUCUUCAAGAACUCGCCAGCACACAGGCGCGAGACCGAGCUUGGCCUUGAUGUCAUUCGCAACGCUCUGUCCCUCGAUUGUCAUUCCUUAAUACUGAUCCGUGAGUCAAUCUUGCACGGAAAGACCAACGGGUUCGAUCUCAACGUCUCCUCUCUGGCCAUCUGGAAAGCUGCAGUAAGAAGUGUCAAGCAGGGGGACAUUUCUCUCGCAUCGGCAAUAUUGAUCGGCGCGAAUCGUCUACUGCUUCUGGAGCCGCUCGCCCCCAAAGAGUCCGCCAAAUCUCCCAAGCAUGCUGAGAGUUGGAAUAAUGCAUUCCAGCGAGCUUCUGCCUACAUUGUCGAGCUGUUUGAGAACAUUCAAGACCUUGAUCCCAAAGAGCUUCAGGGCCUGAUGAUUAGCCCCGGCGCUUCUCAGAGUCUCUUCUUCGCAGUAUUCUCCGGGCAUGCUGAAAUUCAACAGUCCGCUUCCACCAUCAUCAAAAGUAUGGGCUCUCAGGACACGCGUCGAGAUGGUGUCAAGUACCUUCUGGAGAAUUAUUUCAUCACAUCGCUCCAGUCCAUUGCCUCAACCCUCCGGGGAAUGGCUCGCGGCCACAUGUUCUCACCCUGCCAGACUCUACUCAAGCUUGGAAGAGACGUCCUCGAUUGUCUCUGCAGUACUCAAGACGGUACUCUCCGGUCUCGUAAGCUCAACCCAGAGGAGGUUCAAGCUACUGAGAAUGCUUGGCAAGCCCUGUGGAGUGUCAUUGGAUCCAUGUUCAAAUAUACAGAACAAUGGAGUCUCGCUGGACAUGACAAGAACUUGAUGAUUGAAUUCUGCCGAGACGCUAUGGACUUUGCAGACUACGCUUUCAACCAGUACAGCGUUAUUGCAGGAGCCUUGCGCGAUGCAAAUGUUGCUUGCGGCGACGAAAAGUCUUCUCAGGAGGUGGAGCAAGGACUGCUUCAGAUGCCUAGAGAAGCAUCGGGUCUUGUUACUAAGUGGCUUCGUUUGCGAGACGAUUACCUGAUUAAUAAGGCUGUGACCAUCACUUGCGAGAUUAUGGGCCGUCUCGAGUCGGUCGACUUACGUCUUCCCGAAGAAUCUACAAUCUACGUAGAAGAUGUGUUGGACGGUACCGUCAAAACAAGGCUCAGCAAUGCUCAGAAGGCCGAGUUGCGUCGGUCACUUGAAAAUCACCUUGGUAUUGACACCGAAAUCCAUGAGCAAGGCUCGACCGAGACCUCGAAGCCUCAGAGGCAAGCAUCUCUGGCGUCUUGGGUCACGGCUGGAUCGGGUACGACAGAUGAGUCUUCGACGAGCAGACCGAAGAGAACAUUGGACAUGGAAAGCUGGAGGGCUGCAGCAGACGAGUCGAACCUGAGAAAGGCCACUUCAAGCGCUUCGCCAACUGCUGAAAUGCUCAAAGCUCGUGCAGAUCUUGGGAGAAAGUCGGUUCUACCAAGCAGGACUCAGGUCACUCACCAAGACCCGAACAACUUCAGGCUCAAGCGUCAGCAAGAACAGGAAGCCAAACGCAAGAGAGAUCUCGCAGCCAUUGCUGCUGCCAAGCGAGAGGGCGGUUCGGGUCUUCAUGGUAUCGGUUUUGAGGGCAAGGACCAUUCAACAAAGGGCCAGGGUGUCAUGGUAUCUUCAGAUGAAAGUAGCGAGGAUGAAGACGACCAACUUGACGCAGAGCUAUUCGGAGUCAAGCCUACCAAGAAGCGAGCCAAUACUGCGAAGAGUGAUGCCGCUGGUGCCAUUGGCUUGAAGCGUGAGCAGCGAAACCAGCCCGUCAGGAUCGAGAGGCGUGUCCGCUCUGCAAAGGACAUGCGCGCUCGCCUUGCUCCAGAUCUUGCACCCCUACACAAGACUAUCCUGGGCUGGGACUUCUUCCAUGAUGGCGACUAUCCGCCCAACUCCAAAGAAUGGGAAUUCCAAAAGGUUGCCGAUUCCUUCCGUCAUGUUGAUGACUACCAGCAGACGUUCCGUCCGCUGCUCAUUCUCGAAGCCUGGCAAGGAUUCGUAAAGUCAAGAGAGGAAGGUUCUUUCAAACCCUAUGAGAUUAAGGUCGUCAACAGAUCAAGUGUCGAUGCUUUCAUCGAGAUCAGCAGCUCUGUCACUCAUGCCGAGAACAAGGAGGUGCAGAUCUCGGAAAGCGAUGUCAUACUCUUUUCGAUGUCUAACAAUCCUACCGCGGGCCCUGAAGCACCCCAUUGUUUUGCCCAAGUCUAUCGCACGCGCCGUCAGAAACAGCACAUAGAGAUCACCUAUCGCGUGUUGCCGAUAAACAGCAACAGCAUGCUUCCUCACCUCGUGCCAGGCAGUGUCAUCUUUGGAACUAAGAUCCAGUCGAUCACGCCCCUAGAACGCGAGUACGGCGCUUUGUCGGCUCUGCAAUACUACGACUUGUGUGACGAGAUUACAAAAGCCAGGCCAUCACCUCUACUCGAGUACAGCGACAAGCAAUUGGCGCCCGUCAUCAGCAACUACACUCUGAACAAGGCACAAGCCAAAGCCGUGCAGUCUGCCGUUCAGAACGACGCUUUCACUCUGAUUCAAGGCCCGCCCGGUUCUGGAAAGACCAAGACAAUUGUCGCGAUUGUUGGUGCCUUGCUCUCCAACAGCCUUGCUGAUAAGCAGCUGGGAACCAAAAUCGAGAUGCCUAAAGGAGGUGGCACUUUCCCUGCGAACACAACCGUGUCAAAGAAGCUUCUUGUGUGCGCGCCCAGCAACGCCGCUGUAGACGAACUAGUCAUGAGAUUUAAAGAAGGAAUCAAGACACUCAAAGGCGUUCACCGAAAAGUGAACGUUGUUCGUGUAGGUCGCAGCGAAGCCGUCAACUCUUCCGUUGUCGAUGUGACGAUGGAAGAACUUGUUAACAAACGUCUGGGCUCUACCAAUAACGACAGGCAGGCAAGAGAAAAGACUUCGCUGCUCAUGAGAGAACAUCAACAGAUAUCUGAGCAGGUUCGGUUGACACGUUCAAAGCUAGAUGGAGGCAAUAUCAAGGGCAAGGAGCUCUCCCAGCUUCAAGAUGAGUUCAAUGCUCUUCGAAGUCGUAAAACUCAGCUGGGAACUCAAAUCGACAACGCCAAAGACAAUGAAAAUGCCGCUGGACGAGCUGCAGAACUCAACCGCAAGAGAGUACAGCAAUCCAUAUUGGACGAUGCUCAUAUCAUCUGUGCCACAUUGAGUGGUAGUGGUCACGAUAUGUUCCAGAGUCUCAACAUUGAAUUCGAGACUGUCGUGGUCGAUGAGGCCGCUCAGUGUGUUGAGAUGAGUGCACUCAUCCCCUUGAAGUACGGCUGCGCAAAGUGUAUUCUCGUUGGAGACCCGAGACAACUACCUCCAACGGUCUUCUCCAAAGUAGCCGCAGCCAACAAGCUUGAGCAAAGUCUGUUCGUCAGAAUGCAGAAUAAUCACCCAGAAGCCGUGCAUCUGCUUGACACACAAUACCGCAUGCACCCCGAUAUCAGUGCUUUCCCAAGCGCAGCCUUCUAUGAAGGACGUCUCUUGGAUGGAGACAACAUGGCGAAUUUGCGGAAACAACCUUGGCAUGCUAGUGGGCUGCUUGCACCAUACCGGUUUUUCGACGUGCAAGGUCAGCAUCAAGCGGCACCCAAGGGACAUUCGCUCAUCAAUUUGGCCGAGAUUGAAAUUGCCAUGCUUCUCUACGAGAGGCUCAUCAAAGACUAUCGCGACUACGACUUCAGGAACAAGAUAGGCAUCAUCACACCCUACAAAUCACAGCUCAGAGAGUUGAAGCAACGUUUCUCUGGCCGCUACGGUGUUGAGAUCACGGAGAGCAUCGAGUUCAACACGACAGAUGCUUUUCAAGGCCGUGAGAGUGAGAUCAUCAUUUUCUCUUGCGUUCGAGCAUCGCCUACAGGCAGCGUGGGCUUCCUCUCUGAUGUUCGACGUCUGAACGUGGGUAUUACCCGCGCAAAGUCAAGUCUUUGGAUUCUCGGCAACUCCGACAGCUUGAUGAGAGGCCAGGUCUGGAAAAGACUGCUUGAAGAUGCUCGGGACCGCAAUAGCUACAUCAGUGGUGAUCUGCACGGUAUGCUGAAGUCACACUCUUCCAGCUUUCCUGCCAAGUCUCAAACUUUGCCAAAGCAGAUCAAGGGGUCUGUGUCGAAUGGUGCCAGAGGUAGCAUUCAGAGUGGCCCUACUGAGGGUAUCUCUAGUAGAGCUCAAGGCAACGGAACCAACAUCAAGAAGGAUGCUGAUGGUCAGAAGACCAUGAGGGAGGAAUCUACACAGGCAAUGGAAGGCGUUCGUGUCAAGUUGGAAGACAAGCUUGCCAGUAUGCGCAAGAAGAAGGGCGCAGAAGACGUGGAGAUGGCUGAUGCGGACUCCGCACGAAGUGGCGCCUCGACGCCGACAAUUCAGAGUGAGCCAAUGUCUGCUUCGGACUCUGUAUCAUCAGGGACGGCAACAGUUGCAAAGCCAAGGACUUACCUGUUGCCGACGACGACUGCACCUCAGAUUAUCCGCAAAAGAAAGAAGCCUGCGGACCCCUUUAUGCCCCAGCCCAACAGAAAGUCGAGAAAGGAAUGA